GUGCCCUUGGAUCCAAAGUUGCCGAAGGGCCGCGUUUCUGAGUUUAGCGUGCCGAAGUCGUUACAGAAGACGCUGGCGUCGGGGGCGGAGGAUGUCGAGGACGUCUUCGUGGCGGUGCGACUUAGAAAGUGGAGCAAAGGGAUGUCGAUGCCGAUGAUGGACAUCAUCGAGGUCGUGGGAAAAGGAAGUAUGGGUGAUGAUUUAGAUUUCAUGACGAAAGUCAUCGUCGCCGAGCACGGCAUAGAGAGCGGAGAUUUUAGCGCGGAUGCGACGGCGUGUUUACCAAAGGUCAAAGUCGGCGAUCACUGGAAAAUUCCACCCGAGGAGAUGAAACGGCGGGUGAAUUUUAGGGAAAAGCUCGUUUUUAGCAUAGACCCACCGACGGCGCGAGAUUUGGACGAUGCGCUGAGCGUCCAAGUUUUGCCCGAUGGUUGUCUAAACGUCGGCGUGCACAUCGCCGACGUGUCACACUUCGUCAAGCCUGACACGCCGCUCGACGCCGAGGCGAGAGAACGAGGCACCACGACGUAUCUCGUGCACACCAUUUUUCCAAUGUUGCCUAGACUUUUGUGCGAAAAUCUGUGCUCACUCAAUCCUGGCGUUGAAAGAUUAACGUUUUCGGUGGAAUGGAAGAUGACGCGUGGUGGCGUUGUGAAGAAUGUCUCGUUCAAGCGUGGCGUGAUAAAGAGCGCUGCGAAGCUGUCAUACAUUCACGUUCAAAAUGUGAUCGAUGCUGGGUCGGACGUGAACAAAGCGAAAGAGGCACUAGAUGAUGUGAAGUUUUCAGGCGCGUACACCGCUGAAGACGUCAUCGAGAGCAUUUCAAUCUUGAACGCAGCUGCGAAAGCGAUGCGCAAGAAGAGAUUUGAAGCCGGCGCUGUUCGAUUGGAUCAACCAAAGGUUGGUUUUGAGCUUAACGAUGACUACGAGCCCGUGGGAGCUGCACCUUACGUCAUUCGCGACAGCAAUCGUCUUGUCGAGGAGUACAUGCUACUCGCCAAUAUGUACGUCGCCGAGUUCAUAGCCGAGAUUUUCCCAUCGCACGCCAUGCUUCGAUGCCAUCCGCCGCCGAACGAACGGAAGCUCAUGGAGCUAUCCACGUUCGCCAGCGAGCACGAUAUCGAUAUCGACAUAUCAUCUUCGAAACGUCUUCACGACAGUUUGCGAGCAAUAGCGCGCGACUCGCAAGAUUUGUUUGACAUCGUGCAGCUGCUCGCUACAAAGCCCAUGCAACUGGCGAAAUACUUUUGUACGGGGAGCGUGGACGAAGAGCAAUGGCGGCAUUACGCUCUCGCCGUUCCUUAUUACACGCACUUUACGUCGCCUAUUCGUCGAUAUCCGGAUAUCAUUGUGCAUCGUCUACUCGCAGCGGCGCUCGAGCACGCUGAGAGACAAGGGAAAUCCAGUGAGCGAGACGUCGUAGAGAAACACAGUCUCAUGACGCCGGAAAUCUGUAGCGACGUCGCUGAUCACUGCAACGAGCGGAAACUCGCGGCGAAGUACGCCCAAGAGCGGAGUCAGCACUUGUUUCUCUGCAAAUAUCUGCAGAAAAAUCCGGUCAUCGCGCGUGCGAUUGUAAGGCAACUCGGGCAGCAAUACGUCGUCGCCUAUCUC